CUUUGCGCUCAGAAGCCUUGGCCGGGGCGGCUACAUUGUGUCUAUUGUAGUGGAUUCUCCUCCCUCCGUCUUUGGUAAUCGUUUUGUUCAUUUCCACGGGAGGUUUAAAUCGCGGAUGAGAGAGCAUGGCUGAUGAACAGGAAAUCAUGUGCAAACUUGAAAGCAUCAAAGAGAUCAGAAACAAGACUCUGCAGAUGGAAAAGAUCAAGGCCCGUUUGAAGGCUGAAUUCGAGGCGCUGGAAUCUGAGGAAAGGCACCUCAAGGAAUACAAACAGGAGAUGGACCUCCUGCUUCAGGAAAAGAUGGCACACGUGGAAGAACUGAGGCUCAUCCACGCCGACAUCAACGUUAUGGAGAACACAAUCAAGCAAUCGGAGAAUGACCUCAAUAAGCUCUUGGAGUCCACCCGUCGUCUGCAUGAGGAGUACAAGCCUCUUAAGGAGCAUGUGGAUGCCUUGAGGAUGACGCUGGGCUUGCAGAGACUGCCUGAUUUGUGUGAGGAGGAGGAGAAGCUCUCCCUUGACUACUUUGAAAAGCAGAAAGCCGAAUGGCAGACGGAACCACAGGAACCUCCUAUCCCAGAAUCCUUGGCUGCGGCUGCAGCUGCUGCCCAACAGCUACAGGUAGCCAGGAAACAGGACACCAGACAGACAGCAACAUUCAGACAGCAGCCCCCGCCUAUGAAGGCUUGCUUAUCAUGCCACCAGCAGAUCCAUCGGAACGCGCCCAUUUGCCCUCUCUGCAAAGCCAAAAGCCGCUCUCGGAAUCCGAAGAAGCCCAAGAGGAAGCAAGAUGAAUGAAAGCUCAUUGAGGAAACUUGUGACCCAGCCAGACCCCACCUUUGCCCUUUUUUCCAGUAGAACCGUAAAUGUGACCAGCAUUUGUCCGAGUGAAAAAUUACGAGCGUGACUUAAGCUUUUGUUUCUGUUUAUCAUGAUGUAAGCACAAUUGUUUUGUUCUGGGCCUUGUUUUCAUCUUAGUCUUUUGACCUUUUGCUUUAUAGGAAGUUAUUAAGAGCUGAUGGUGCUACAUUUUGUAACAUAUCUGUUACCCCACCAUUUGGACUCCUGCGUACAAGUAGAACCUAUACCAGUUGUAAGGCGAAGGACACUUCGUACAGAGAAAGCGAAGGCGGGCCUUUUAUCCGAUUAAUGAUAAUGUGUUUCACCUUUUAUAAAGCAUACUAACGAUUUUUCUACUCAAUUUGCCAGAACUUCAUGGUUUUCCAUUCCACGUUUGGUUUUUCACCCCUACAGUGUUUUUGCAUCAUGGCUUUAUGCUAGUUUCCAGUGCUCAAGAAUCUUUAACAGGGCAAACCUAUAUAUGACUGGUUUUAUGGAAGGUGUUAACAUUUACUCACCCUUUCUUCUCCAAGCUAUAACCAGCAGUGUGUUUUCUUCUGUUUUUUAAAAAAAAGAAAAAGAAAAGGAUAUCUGCGUUAAGGGAAUCCAAAUUCUCUGCCUGGGCACAUUGAUCAAUUCUCUUACCCGUUUAUGCAAACAAGCAUUCCCCCUCCCUCAUUAUUUUGUCAUUUUUACUGUUUUGCAUAAUGUAUCCCUGUUUUGCUAGUCAGAUGGAGGGCAAAGGAGUCUGUACAGGGGGGUUGCCCCAUGGUUUAGGAAAUCUUAUUCAACCACUGUUUUGGCAUCAGAGACUUGAGAAAAUAUUGCCCAUACAAGUUAAACAUUUUAUGUCUGCAACCUUAAAGGGAGGGUUAGCACUUGCUUUUAAAGAAAAAGCAAGCAAGCUGGAACUUGGCAUUCUGCAAGGUUGCUAUGCUCCUGCACAUAGGAAGGUGCCUUUUACCUGGUGGCUAUGUUCUCCUUCCUCUGUUGGAGGCAGUAUGCCUCAGAGUAUCAGUUGCUGGGAAUCGCAGGUGGGGAGAACACUGUUUGCACUUCCCCUGGGCAUCUGGUUGACCACUGUGAGAACAGGACACUGAACCAGAACAGGCCUUUAGCCCGAUGUAGCAGGGAUCUUCUCAGAUUCCAGUCAGACUGUUCUUCUAACCCAGAAUUGUCAACUCUGACUGGUAGCAGGUCUCCAGGGGCUCUUUCCUAUCACCUGUUCCCUGAUCCCUUUCAGUCAGGGGUGAGGAAUCUCCUGUCUGGGGGCCAAAGUGUGGCACUCCAGACCUCCCUGUCCAGGCCUUUGGGCUCUUUCCCAGGCUGCACCCCUCACAAGCCCUGGUCUGUGCACUCCUGGAAUGUGCCCUUGAAUUGUGAUAAUGCCUCUUUCUUGCCUGGGUGGAGAGAUAUAGGGGGUGGGCAGAAACCGCUGGCUUUUGUGUGGCAUCAAUGCAGUCUAUUGUACAAAGGUAAGAGACUUAUCCCUUACUCUGCCCAUUACGUUUCUAGCCCUGCCCACUACUGGCAUGCGGUCCCCAGAGGGUUGUCCGCAAGGGAAUGCAGCCCUUGGGCUCAGAAAUGUUCCCUACCUCUGUUUUAACUGUAGAUCCCCGGGAUCAGACCUAGAACCUUCUGCACAAAUAUCACAUUCACACCAUGCAUUUAUUCCAACUUAAACAGGCAUGGCUUCCCCCCCAAGAAUCCUGGGAAGUGUAGUUUGUGAAGAGUGAUGAAAGUGGUUAGGAGACCCCUAUUCUCUUCAUAGAGCUACAGUUCUGAGUGGUUUAACAGUCAGUCCUCUUCCCAGGUAACACUGGGACUUGUGGCUCUAUGAGGGUCUCCUAACAACUCUCAGCCCCCUUUACCAACUACACGUCCCAGGAAUCUUUGGAGGAAGCCAUGACCGUUUUAAGUGGAAUAUGGUGUGAACUGUAGCCAAAGCCUACACUCUACCACUGUGCUAGAUCCACGGACCACACACACAGGCUACAGCCUGAGCGAUGCAAAAUUAAGAAAAGAAAAACAUUAUUUUUUCCUAAUGACAAUCAUCUUUCCGCUCAGUUGUGUUGGCUGUGACUUAUCCUCUCCUGAACUCCCAAGAACAGGCUCUGGUGACCAGACAAGACCGAAUCAGCCUGGAGCGAAGUUUAUUCAGAGUGGUGCUGCCACGAUAGCCAGAUCAGUUCUGUAGCAGGAAUGAGUGUAGGAGUUAUUUUAACACGGUGAAGGGAGUAACAUUUGCCAUUGUUGGUGUUAAUCUCAGUCAACUAGAAAGCAAACUAUAAAACCAGGCUAUGCAGAUAGGUUUUAUCGUUCAGGCUUACUCUGCAAUUGAUUUACAGUACAUACAAGGUUACUCAACAUAAACGAAGGCUUAUAAAUGCCUGUUUGCUUUACAUAUGUGCAGUAUUUUUUAAUGCGUGAAUCAGGUCCUUCAGAUGCUAGUCCUUAGAUGUAAUGCAGGGGGUGGCUAAAAUGUGGCCUUCUAGAAUCGAUAUUGCUGGACUACAUCUCCCAUCAUCCUUGAGCAUUGGCCAUGCUAAAUGGGACUGAUGGGAAUUCGAGUCCAACAACAUUUGGAGGGCUACAGAUUCCCCACAAUUAGCCAUCUCAGCACUGAAAGAGUUGGAUUUAGGAACAGACAGCAAGUGAGAAUGCACUUAAAAAAAACAACUUACAUUUGAAACACUGGAAGCAGGUUCAUUUCUGUUACAGAGAUGUCAAGAAUACCUACUAGAGACAGUGUAUAUUUUUUUAACCAUGUUUACCUACCCCAUUUCACAUGCUGCUAGUGCUGUUGAUGACUUAACUGUUUUGUAGGAUAGGUUUCUAUCCAUUACAGCCCAUUUGACACAAGUGUUGGAUUUGAAUCAAUGAAACUGUCGCAGCCUAACUUACUGCAUGGGUUAGUUGAGAAGAUAAAAUUGAAUAAUCACAGAUGCCUAUCUGAACUCCAUGAAGGAAGACUGGUAUAUGCUUAGGAACGUAGGAAACUGCUUGACACUGAGUCAGACCAGUGUAUUGCCGACACUGACUGGCAGCAGCUCUCCAGGAUUUCAGACUGGAGUCUUUCCCAGCCCUAGCUUGAGAAGCCGGGAAUUGAACCUGGGACCUUCUGUAUUCAAGGCAGAUGCUCUACCACUGAGCUGCAGCUGUGAUACAAAACAUGACUGAUAAAUGUUCUCCUGUAGAUCUCUGAAUAGAGUCAGCGCCAGUUUGUUCUGGUUACAGAUGGAAGGAUGGUCUAGUAAGACCAGAAAGAACUAGUAUCAUAUGUAACUGCCACUAGGAUCUUAUUUGCAGGAGACUGAUAAUGCCAUCUACUAAAAGAAUGGAGAGAUAGCAUUGUGGGAGUUUGCUUCUAUGGCUAAAUUGACUCAUAUUUGAUUUAAAGAAAAAAAUAUGACAAAAGGUCAUAUUUCUGAUUAACUGGAGCCCUUUUAUUGACUGUAGAAAGAAAAAUAGGUUGUUACAAGAUAUAAACCAUGGUUUUGCAACAUUUAAAAUAUACCUAACAAUAGCACUUUUUCAGUGUUGCAUAAUGUACUCUGUAGGUUAACCAAUUAGCUUAAAACGGUACUUUAUUUCCCUUAUGUUUACUGAAAAUAUAUUUAAAGGUUCUUAGGUUGGUAUGCAAACCCAAUUUCAGAAUUUUUAGAUUUUGGCUUUACCUAUUGUUGAUGUUGAUUUGUUUAUAAUAUAAAGUUCAGAUUAUGCUAGACUUCCAGGUCGGUUCUGAAAUCCACUGAUUUCUGAAGAGAGUCUCCCACGUUCUGACAUGCAGUCUCAAAUGUGUUAUGUAUGUAUGCAUGGAAACAAUUCAGCAUAUUGCGCUAUCUGGGGACACCAUUAUUGCAUAUUGCCACACAGUGAUACACAUAAAUGAUGCCAUCGACCUGUGUAAUGUGCCAGCACCCUCCAUACACAUGCAGCAAAGUUUAGCAUUGCCCAAGGAUGUACAAAAGCUGAACAGACCUGCCAUAAAAUUCUGGUAGGGCUUGGCUUUGAUCCGCUUUGGGUUCUGAUGAAGCAUAACCUCAAAUCCCCUGCCAAAAUUUGGUAUGUGACAGUUACAUUUUAGAAGCAUCCUUGGGAUGGUUAAUUCCCUCAUCAUUCUCAGAUCUUAUUUGAACUGAUGUGCCCUUUUAAUAAUGCAGUGUGCUUUUUUAAAAAAAAUUCUAUCCACCCAAUGCUAGCUUUUGUGUGCCUUUUACGUCUGUCUUUUUAAGAUUUUAAAUGUGCAUGUAUUAUUAUAUACCUGCUAUUUCAGUCCAGUUUAUAUCCCUGUUGAUUUCCUAUGUUCUGACCACAGUGUUGUACCACAUAACUCUAAUAUUGUUAUUUAUCACUUAUAUAAAGCACCUAAAAUUUUCUAAGUGCUGUACAGAGAUUAAAAGAUGAGUGUCCCUGGUGCCAGGCUCAUAAUCUAAUAGAACAGGAAAAGGAAUUGGAAAAGAAAGCUUUGAAGCUAAGGGCGGACAAAUUUCUCAAGUUCAGUUUCUCAUUUUUUCGAUCUUUAGUUCCAUUUUCCACAUUAGUUUGCAAUUAAACAAAACGUCCUGACAAAAGUUCAUCACCAUUUCAGUGCAUAUUUCGAAUAUACAUAUUUUUGUUUGAAGUUUUGCCUUAUAUAGCACAUGCUGGCUGGGGAUGAUGGAAGUUGUGAUUCCAAAACAUGUGGAAGGCAUCAGGCUGUCAAAGAGAGCCCUUGAGUAUUAAAAAAGCUGAGAAAAGCACCAUUUGGCCUGGGGGACCAAACUAGACAACACAGGAGACUUGUUCACUUGUUACACGGAACCCAGGUACAAGCUGUCUACACCUGUACAAGUGCUUGUGUGAAAGUGUACAUUUGUUGAUUUGUGCAGUUCAGCUACCUUGUGAACACAGGUACACACACUGUGUGCUCACUGAACAUUACCUGCAAAUAAAUGUACAAGUAUACAACUCCGCACAAAUACACAGAUUGUACAUUUGUUGACUGUAACAUGUGAACCACCCCUAGGGAGAGUUGAGGUCAGGGCUUGAUACUGGAUUAAAGCUGUAUCAUUGAGGUAGGGGUGGGGGCACGGGUUAAGGUCAACCCUUCCCCCCACCAACACACACUCCAUAUUCCUGAUAUAAAUCCUCCUCCGCUAAAGGAUGCAUUGGGAUCAGGGAUGUGCUAGAAUUCUGCCAAUUUUGGAUUUAGUACCAAAUUUUCCAUUAAUCCACUAUUGUUGCGAAUUGGACUUUUAUGUAGUGAUUUUCCAUGGCUAUUUUC